AUGGUUCAAUUUUCGGAAGAGACCAAGGAACGUAUUACCAAGGUCAUUGACAUUUCGAGAGUCGCAAUUCACUAUGGAUAUCUCCCGUUGAUCAUGUACCUCGGCUACACUUACAGUGAACCAAGACCACAACUCUUCAAGCUCUUUUCACCUCUCGCAUAAAAACAAUCACGGGGAAACUGGGGAAAGAUAGAGAUGUUCCGGCGAUGUCGAGGCAUAUACCAGUUUUAUUCCAAUGCGAUGCACCAAAGAAGGAUUGUUAUGAUUUAUCGGGGGAGUUAAAUGCGCACCACGACGUCGUCGGAGCGACACACCGUUGCAUCUUUGCUAGCCUUUCGACGUUUGCUUUUUCAUCUACUCGGAGUUGGACAUAUGUACAUUAGAUUGGAUAUUUUAAUGGGAAGUCAAUGCCAAUAAUGUUGAUUUGG